AAAAUAAUCACCAAAUUGAAAACAAGUCCUCUCGUUUAUAUAUCCAUCUCUUAACUACCCGCCAUUUCUACGUUAUUACGUACACACAGUAUUUCUCUACUUUCGGUUUCUCUCUCGUGAUGACCAGCUCCAGCUGCAGCUCUACAAGCCGGAACCCUAGGUUCGGCGUAAGGUCAACGCCGGAUCAAUUUGCUUACUCUCCAAUGUCUUCUUACUCUGUAUCAUCUUCCUCUCGGAAAUCCGGUUCAGGCCGAAAUCUAGUCACGCUUGUCGCCCGGUCCAUUGUUGGUGCCUUUGUCGAAUGUUUUACACCUCCCGAGCCGGAUGGCUACAAGGAAGUUGGGGAUUCCGGUGAGAUAAGAGUUCCUUCCGUUGCAGUUGCUCCGAAAGCGUCAAGAGCGAAGAGCGAGAGGAGGGGUUCGAAUCGAGGGAUUUAUUCCAAUUCAACAAAGGAGAAAGGGCCUGGGAGCAUGGAAUUCACGAUGGAGGAAAUUUUGAAGGCCACGAGGAACUUCUCCCCUGCUUUCAAGAUUGGACAGGGUGGAUUUGGGACGGUUUAUAAGGGAAGACUUGAUGAUGGAACCUUUGUUGCUAUUAAGCGUGCUAAACAGAGUGUAUACGAUAAGCAUUUAGGUGUGGAAUUCCAGAGUGAAAUAAGAACACUGGCACAAGUGGAACACUUGCAUUUGGUUAAGUUUUGUGGGUAUUUAGAACAUGGGGAUGAAAGGAUUGUUGUUGUGGAAUAUGUGCCUAAUGGAACCCUUAGGGAACACUUGGAUGGUGUGCAUGGAAAAGUUCUUGACCUUGCUGCACGGCUUGAUAUAGCUAUUGAUGUGGCCCAUGCAAUCACCUAUCUUCAUACGUAUACAGAUCACCCAAUCAUCCACAGAGACAUAAAGUCUUCCAACAUUCUCCUCACCGAAAAGCUUCGGGCCAAGGUUACUGACUUUGGUUUUGCUAGGUUGGCUGCUGACAUAGAUUCUGGUGCAACCCAUGUGUCAACCCAGGUUAAAGGAACUGCCGGCUACCUGGAUCCAGAAUAUCUAAGAACCUAUCAACUUACAGAAAAGAGUGAUGUUUAUUCGUUUGGGAUAUUAUUGGUUGAACUAGUUACAGGCAGGCGCCCUAUUGAACCAAAACGGGAACCCAGGGAGCGGAUAACAGCGAAAUGGGCGCUGAAGAAGUUUAACGAUGGAGAUGCCAUUUCAGCCUUGGACCCAAGGCUACAACAGACCGUGGGGACUAACUUAGCCCUUGAAAAGGUUCUCGAGUUAGCCUUGCAAUGCCUGGCUCCUCGUAGACAGAGUCGGCCUAGAAUGUGGAGGUGUGGAGAAAUCCUGUGGAGCAUCCGUAAGGAUUAUCGGGAACUAUCAGCUUUAGACCUUCGCUCUCGUUCAUGUAAUUCCCAAACAAGUGCUUCUGUUAGAGAAAUAUAAUCCAAAGGCCUACUAAGAUACAAAUGACAAAGUGUUGUCGAAUCUAAACCAACGUACAAAUGUAUAGAGAAGGAAAUACAGCGGUCCACCUUGAGGAUCAACAAAUCGAGAAUACGCCAUCAAUGGAGGCAUAAGGAAGCAAAUAAAUUCCCAAAACUGAAUUUCAAAAAUGAUUCUUUAACUGCAAGAUUAUGCCGGUAACGUGCUCGUCUGGUUUGGAUUGUGUAGUGGAAAGUCAGUUUGUUGAUUAUUAAAUGUUGUUCUAUUUCUGUUGUAGAUUAGAAUCAUUCCAUGGUUAAAUUGGUCACAUCAGUUCUUGAUUUUAUUGUUUCAUUCGGUUGAA